CAAUGCCAGGGUGAAAGGUAAGAACCCUACUGCCCGAGGGCAAAACUGGGUACCACCGGCGCAGGGGAGCAUUGCUAAGCCAGAACUGUUUAAACUGCCAGCCACUUUUGCUAUCCCGGCUGCAACUAUGGAGCAGGAGCAAGAUGGUGACUGGGAGGAACUUGUAUGGGAAGGCCGAAAGAUUCUGAGUGUGUAUGAGCUAGAAGCUGAUGAUAUUGUUACACACUUUGAAACCAACAAAGAUGGUGUGCACGUGGCGUAUGUCAAAAAGAGGCACCAAAUCAAGAGCUACAUUUGUAUUGCUAGGCUGGGAACAAACCUCCAAAGAGAAGACAACCUGGAUAUAUCGGCCAUCUCCUUCACUGACCCAUGCUUGGUUUCCUUGCCUGGGGUGAAGCGAACGUUCAAUUGGUAUGCCUUUAAUAAAGAAGUUUUUUUCCUUAAUGUAGCUUCUUUCUUUGAUAUCCAGGCUAAGCAAAACGUGGAUUUCCUAAGAGCUUUGGAUCAUUUAGCUUUGGAUGUGCCGAGCUCCUCUCAAUUGUUUCCAAAUGAGCCAACUGGUGAACUGCCUGGACCGAAUGGAAAGGCAGCACUGCAAGGUAGUAAAGUAGUGCAAACUGAUGAACUGGGCUCCCUCAUUCGCAACAUGCAUGAUAUGGCUGAAGGGGACAUUGUUACCAAGGUGGGCACUGAUGGAAAUGGCAAAAGAAUGGCGUGUGUAUGCUCGCCAGACCUGCUGCCAGUUGGAGUAACUACGGUUAGGGUGGGUUUUCAACUCCAAAAAGUGAAGGAUGAGGAUCCAGGGGUUACCUUCACCGAGUCCUUCAUCCUGUCAUACCCGGGUGUGAAAAAGAAAGGCGACUGGUAUGAAUUUCCUACUAAUGUUUUCACCCCUAAUGUUAUGAACUUCUUCAAUGCUAACCUUGCCAGGAAUAUUAAGUACCUAAAGGAGAAGCUUCGAAGGAAAAGGCAGGCUGAAAAAUUACAAGAUGGUGAGAAAGAUGACCCCGGGGAUGAGAACCAUUCCUCGAACCUCUACUUAUCUUGAUGAUUAAGAUUGCUUCUUGGAAUGUAAGAGGUUUAAAUAAAGCCUCUAAACAUAAUAUUAUUAGCAAUUUUAUUAAAAUUAAUAAGGUUAACUUAUGUUGUUUUUUGGAAACAAAAAUGACAAAAGAAAAUUUAAAAAAAUAUGUUACUAAUAAAUGGCCUGGCUGGCUAUGUGCAAAUAAUUUUGAACAUAUAACAGGCGGCCGAAUUGUGGUUCUGUGGAAUACGAAUUUUUUGAACUGUGUGGUAAGUGACAUUGAUACUCAGCAUGUGCUAUGUGCAAAUAAUUUUGAACAUAUUUGCCGUAUAUCUCAGUUAUCUUUCUUUGUGACUUUUGUUUAUCCACUCUAUACUGUCUUGGAGCGCAAACUUUUAUGGGAUUAUCUUGCUAAUUUAGGUAGCCGGUUUACGGAACCGUGGUUAGUUUUGGGUGAUUUUAAUUGUGUUUGCGCUCCUAAUGAGAGAUUGGGGUCCACCCCACCCGUGGCUUAUAUGAUGCAGGACCUGGCUAAUUUUAAAAUCGUGGCUAACCUUGAGGAUGCCCCAUCCACGGGAGAAUUUUUCACGUGGAAUAGGGGCUCUUUAUGGGCUAAGCUUGAUAGAGUCCUCUUCAAUGAGGUUUGGGAACAAAAAGGGAUUGUGUGUAAGGCCCAUUUCAAUGAAAUGGAGGCAGAGUUUGAUCAUACGGCUUCCGUAACAUCAAUACUCAUAAACUCUUCUCUUAGGCCGAAACCUUUUAAAUUUUUUAAUAUGUGGAUUAAGCAUCCGGAAUUUGCUAAUAUUGUCUUGCAGAAUUGGUUGGUUUCUGUUGAUGGUACAGCUCAUGCAAUACUCGUUUAUUAAGCGACUUAAGGCGCUAAAGGCACCUUUAAAGAAGCUUAAUGAAUUGGAGUUCGGGCAUAUCUCCAUAAAAGCAAAACUGGCUAAGGAGGAAUUUAAAAGACUAAACAAACUCAUGAUGGAAUCGCCGAUGGAUGAAGAACUUAAAGUGCAGUUGAUGGUGGCUAGGAAAAAAGCAACCUUUUUGGGGGAGGCUGAAACAUGUUUCUUUCAACAACGGGCCAAAGCCACGCACAUUCUGGAAGCGGACAAGGGCACACGCUACUUCCAUGCAAUUGUAAAGAGGAACGCUGCCAGAAACACUAUCUCCUCGGUUAUGCUUGAAGACGGAAGCUUUACUAAGUCUUUAGAUGAUGUGGGUGAUGUAUUUGUAAACUUUUUUGUUGAUUUAUUUGGAACGCAAGUGGAUACCCUUGACCUAGACCACUCGGUUUUAGGUACUGGUCCUCUGAUUGAACCAUGCGUUCAUGACGGCCUUCUUGCUCCGAUAACUGACAAGGAAAUUAAAGAUGCCUUGUUUGAUAUAGGGGAUGAUAAGGCACCUGGACCUGACAGGUUCUCCUCGGCUUUCUUUAAAGCCAACUGGAGUAUUGUUGGGGAUGACAUGGUACGGGCUAUUAAGGAGUUCUUUCGAACGGGAAAAUUGCUCAAACAGAUCAAUCAUACUGUUAUAGCAUUAAUCCCUAAGACCAGCCACUCCCCAAAAGUCUCGGACUAUCGACCCAUUUCUUGCACGAAUGUUUUGUAUAAAGUCAUUACCAAAAUUAUUGCGGCUAGAUUAACCCCGUGCCUUUCGGGGUUGGUUAAUCAAGCCCAAGGAGCAUUUGUGGAUGGUCGCCUAAUGUUUGAUAACAUCUUCCUAGCCCAGGAACUUGUUAGAUGAUACAAUAGGAAGCGAAUUUCGCCAAGAUGUAUGAUUAUGGUGGAUUUGCACAAGGCCUACGAUACGAUAUCUUGGGAUUUUCUUGAAAAAGUCCUAAUGGGUUUGGGCUUCCCGAAUCGUUUUGUUGCAUGGAUUAUGGAAUGUAUAUCAACGGCAUCGUUCUCGGUUUCCUUAAACGGGUCGUUGUAUGGCUUCUUUAAAGGAAAAAGAGGAAUACGACAGGGGGAUCCGAUGUCCCCAUUGCUUUUUGUUUUAUGUCUUGAAUACUUCUCUCGAUUACUCACAGUGAGAACCAAAAGAGAUAACUUCAAUUUCCACCCCCAAUGCUCUUCUUUGGGCAUCACUCAUUUGGCCUAUGCGGAUGACCUUAUGCUCUUUUCGAGAGGUGACACAUAUUCCGUAGAAAUAUUGGUCAACGCUCUCAAAGAAUUUGGGGACGUAUCGAGCCUUAGAGUGAACCACGGGAAAUCUAAUAUUUUCGUGGGUGGGGUGAGGGACCAAGAACUUCAAAAUAUUCUGGAUAUUGUUGAUUAUGGGCAAGGCGUAUUUCGACUAUUUCCGGUAAGAUACCUUGGAAUACCUCUUGCCCCACUUAAGAUCUCGGUUGCACAAUAUGCCCCCUUACUUGACACGGUCAAUGAUUUUUUAAAGGCAUGGAAUACCAAAACGUUGUCCUAUGCUGGCAAAAUUGAGCUAAUCCGAUCAGUGAUCCAAGGGGUCCAGUCGUUCUGGCUCCAUGUCUUCCCCGUCCCUCAAACUAUUUUAGAUAGAAUUAUCUCGAUUUGCCGUAUUUUUCUUUGGGGUGGUAAGUUUGCCAAGGUGGCUUGGGAUGACAUUUGUCUUCCUAAAGAGGAAGGGGGGUCUUGGCAUUCUUAAUGCCAAGGUGUGGAAUCAUGCCCUCCUCUCUCGCACCCUUUGGGACGUCCACAUGAAGAAAGACACCCUUUGGGUGAGGUGGGUGAACGGUGUCUAUCUUAAGGGUAGAACCGUGUGGGACUUUGUCCCACACACCCGAGACUCACAGCUAAUGAAGCGGUUGAGUCUCAUUCGGGACAGGAUUCGGUCUGGUUUUAAUAACCACAAUGAUAUGAUUUUGGGACUUAGUUCUCGCGCCACGAAUGGUAAAUUAGCCUCCGCUAAGGUUUAUGAGCUGUUGAGAGUUAAGGGUGGAGCUAGGACACCUAUGAGUUUCAUAUGGAAAUCCUACAUCCCCCAAAAAUUCUCGUUCAAUGUAUGGUUGGCUUUGAGAAAUCGGCUUCCUACGCAGGAUAGCCUCGGGUAUCUCCAUAUUGUGAACCGGUGUGACUUAUGCAAGGGUGGUUUGGAGACAAUACCACACCUUUUUUUCCUUUGCCCCUUUACUUGUAAGGUAUGGCAGCAUAUCCGGAACUGGAUGGGACUACGGCAUGAGAUGACGACAAUGCUUAGCGCAGUCAAAUGGAUCACAAAGACUCACAAAGGUUCGAAGUUGAAGGCUAAGGCAGCUCGAAUUGCAUUUUGUGCAACUGUCUACUACAUUUGGCAUGCACGGAAUGUAAUCAGAUUUGAUGAUGGCAAGAAGACCGAAGAAGAUAUUAUAAUGAAGAUCAAACAUGUGGUGUACAAGAUCCUUUUCAGUAUCUACCCGCAUGAGUUGGUUUGUUUUUAGAAGUGGACAUAAAGUAAUUUUUGGGAGCCAUGGUGCAUAGAAGACUGCCGGUAUGGACAUGGUUUGCUGCUUAGACGUGGCUCCAUGUUACACAUAUGCCGCGGCAUGGACAUUAUGGAUGUCGCGGCCUAGGGACUCUACUACUACACGGCAUGUAUGUUUAUCGAUCUUGUGGCAUGGAGAAGCGUCCAGGACUGGAUUCCGAACUUAGAAGAUCAAGGCAUGGACUCUAGUUAUGCCGCGGCAUAAACCAGAUCCUUGAUGGUUUUUGGGUGUUUGUUUCUUGCAACACCUGUGUAAUUCUUAGAUUUUAGCCUUUGAUUUGUGUGCUUGCAUGUGCGGCACCGAUGUAUUUUUGAGUUAUAUUCUGAUGGGCCGAGUAAUUAUACUUGGUUAUUUUGGCAUGGAGUAGAUCAAAGAAAA